AUGGGAGGCAUCCAUAUGGUAGAGUCCGAGUCCAGCGCAUGGACUGCAGUCAGCAGUUCGGCCAAGAGGCACCCGCAGUACAACACGACGGGCGACUACAAUAACGACGUGGCUGUUAUAUUCCUGCCCGAGGAAGCCCCUCUGAGCGAGUACAUCAAGCUGGUGGCCUUGCCUUCUUUUUCUGAGAUCAACGAAACCUUCGUGGGACAAAAUGCUCUGGUUAGUGGCUGGGGACUGACUGGCGACAAUUCAACCUGUUCUGAGAUUCUAAUGUGGACUGAGCUUGAAGUCAUAUCGUAUAAAGCAUGUUUGGGUUACUAUUACCCAGGCGUUAUUCUUAAAAGUACACUGUGCGCCAAAAGCGAGGACUCUGACGUCUGCCGGGGUGACAGCGGCGGGGCUCUUGUUCUCAAGACCGCAUCAGGCUACAAGCAGAUCGGUGUGUCGAGCUUUGGGUCACCUGCGGGAUGCAACACACCGACGCCAUCUGCUUUCGCCAGGGUGACCUCCUUUCUCGACUGGAUCACCAAAACUGCCGAAAUCAGUGUUUAG